CCUCGGGCUCCCCGCCCACAGACCCCAGCGGGCGGCUUCGCGCUGCCGGAAGGCCGGGGGCGCGCGUGACUGUCGUCAGCCGUGCGAGGGGUGUGCCUCCCGCAGCCCAGGGCGCGGAAGGGGGACGCCCCGGGCUGGGGGCCCCUGCUCUCGCUUUCUCGUCGUCGCAAACGCCCUCCCGGGGGGUGUCCCGCGACCGGCGCGAUGAGUGCCAACGAGGACCAAGAGAUGGAACUGGAAGCUCUACGUUCUAUUUAUGAAGGAGAUGAAAGUUUCCGGGAAUUAAGUCCAGUUUCAUUUCAAUAUAGGAUAGGUGAAAAUGGUGAUCCCAAAGCCUUCUUAAUAGAGAUUUCCUGGACAGAAACAUAUCCCCAAACACCUCCAAUUAUAUCUAUGAACGCUUUUUUUAACAACACCAUAUCAUCAGCUGUAAAGCAGAGCAUAUUAGCCAAGCUACAGGAAGCAGUGGAGGUCAAUCUUGGGACCGCCAUGACCUACACGUUGUUUGAAUAUGCCAAGGACAAUAAGGAGCAGUUCAUGGAGAAUCACCAGCCUGUGAAUUCUACGAUACCCAUAAGCAGUAUCAUCUCCGUUGAAACUCCUAAUACAGCCCCAUCAAGUAAGAAAAAAGAAAAAAAAGAACAUCUUUCAAAAGCCCAGAAACGUAAGCUGGCAGAUAAAACAGACACCGUCUCAGGUCACAGAUGUAUAUUGAGAAUAUUUACUAGUGCUUCACCACAAGAGGCCACCGUUGGGGAAAAGAUCACAAAGGAGAACUUCCUCGAGGAUGGAACUGGGUUGAUGUGGUGAAGCAUUUGAGCAAAACUGGCUCUAAAGAUGAUGAAUAGUACUUGGAAUUGAAGACAAGGGAAGAACAUCCUUUAAGAAGUAAACUGGGUUCAAAAUCCUUCUUUACUCUUUUCUGGUAUUGAGGUGGCUUUUUAUAAAACUGAAUUUUUUUGUAUGUUUCUUAUGUAAAAAAUGUUUUAAGCCGAGAGUUCAUGAAGAGAUCUGGUGGUAUUAAAUUAUUUUCACAAACUUGCCUUAAUAAAAGGUGAAAUGUUACUGUUAAGUAUCCUUUAUGAAGGUGGUUGAGCUUUGUAAAUGGACGAAAUGGGAAAUAAUAAAUAAUCAAUGUGAAUUUAUAUGAUCUUAUUCUAGUGGAUGUGAUAUUUUUUAAAGGAGUAGGAAGCCCUUUUGGAACUCUCAUCCCAGUGGAUCAGAAUACCGAGUCAACAGGUAUUCCGCGGCAUGAGCCAUAUUAACAGACUUCUCGUCUUAAUGAAGUCUUCAUCUCUUCUUUCUCUUGAUUACUGAAGCGUAAAUUGCUCCAGAGAAAUUUAAAUACUGAUAUUUGAACUUUUAGAUAAUAUUCUUUGUAGUUCCUUUUUAUUUUUCAAGGGCGAACCGCUUCUUUUUAGUAAAUGAGUAUCCGUUCAUACUCUUCCCUUCCUUUAGGUCAUGAUGUUUGACCGUGAGAGUUUUCAGCCGUAUGUGGAAUAGGAGAACGUAAAAAUAAAUCUGCCAAAUACAUUCAAAAGCAUUUGAAUAGAAGUGCUGGUUCCCACUGCAAACACUUGUCUUUGCUGUAUGUACCAAGAUGGGAGUAAAAGAUGCCUUAAUAUUUAAUUUUUGUAUUGUUGGAGAUAAUGGUUUUACUAAAUUCCUGUGUGUCUGCUACUGUGUGUUUUUGGUUGUCUGGUUACAGGUCUUCUAAAUGGUUUAACGUGAAACCACCUUUCAAGUCUUGUUUCUUUUCAAGCAUCCAUGUGGAUUUCUCAGCCUGAGCAUCUUCAUAGUAAUAGACAUAGAAGUUUUUCAAAUGCUGAAUCAUAGUACAGCCUCGAUUAUUUUUUUUAAUUACGAGUAAGGUAACUAUUACUGUCGUGUAACCAGGAGGUUACUGACGUGUAUGUGUGAUUUACAGUGGCUGCGUUUGCUCCCCGGCUGGAAAACCCUAAGAACUGCUGCUGUUUCUAGAAGGGUAGACUGUGUUCCUCCAGUUACACCUGUGCAGCUCGGGUCCGAGUUUUUAAAGAAUAAUGAACUUCUAAAGACAUGUGCUUAGCAUAAGAGCAGUUUAAAUUGUAUCCAUGGCUUUUACUGGGCUAACAUUAGGCUCAGUUAAAUCAUUUGAAUUACACAGUAAAUACAGUUAUGAUGAAGAAGUGUGAUCUGAUUUUCAGAAGCUGAAUCACAUCUUAUAGCUUGAACUAAUAGAACAGAAGCAUUAAAAUUCAAGAACACUGAAUACACCAACUUUCGUUUUUGGAGUUGUGUGUACGUGGUUUUUGUUGUGUUGAUUUGUUUGCCUGUUUUUAAAGAAACAAACUACAACAUCUGCUCGUGGAACAAACCGUGUUUUGCUCUGAAGAUUCUGAAACUGUUCAGGCUUAUUGUGUUUCAGAGAUAACAAAGAAUAAUGCUAGUUAAAUGCCAAUGAACUAUUUUUACUCUUUUUAUAUGAAAUGUACAAAUUUGGGGGGUGAUGGUGGCAGUGGUGCCUCUGACCACCUUCUGUAAAACACGUGAACAUUCUCAUCUGUAUUGCUAUCUGUUCAACACUCCCAGCAUAUUUUCUCAAAGUCUGUGUACCUAAAAUUGUAUGGAAUGACAUAAUUAAUAAGCAAUAAAACCGGAAUUACACACA